GAAUGUGUACAGGAUGUCAGUGUAGAACACUCGAUCAAAGUGGCAGCUUUAGAAACUUUCAGAAGACAGAAAUGCCACCAGCCUGUUAUGGACUUCCUUGAGAAGAUAACCUGGAGCAAGGAAAUGGACAGCGAGCUACGCAUACAGGCCUACCUGCAAAGAAUGAGGUGUGCAGAUGAGAAGUUCCUCAAGGGGAUGCUACAGGAUAAAUUGGAGAAAGAACAGUCUCAGCAGGUUGGAUCGUUCAUCUACUCUCAUCUUAUGAAUCUUGCAAACUCCGACAGUCCAAUGAAGGAAACUCUCUCCAGGUACCUUCAAGACCAUGACGUUGUCGGAAAUUUCGAGAAGUUCAAUUUGGAUUUCCGGAAGUUCUCCAAAAAUAUUGACUACUCCUCGUUCGACGAUGACAAAAACUUUGGAGGCUCGGUGGAGACCAAUGUCAUAUAUUCGUCAAAAUCCUUUGUCCCAAGAUCGGCUUCUGUCAACUUG